GUCAUCAAAGGAGGACGCACACGUGGGGUUAGCUUCUGAUGGACUGUAGUUGAUGCCGUGUGCAUCGCGUGAAUUGUACAACAUGGCAGCAGUUCAAGAGCAAGAGAUUCAGUUGGCACAAAAGUUAGCGGCUAACGAAAAGCCCAUCCGAACCAAAGCUUUAAGGAAGCUGAGGAAGUAUAUCAAUCUGAGAUCACAGAAGUCGUCAGAUGGUUUUACUAGUGAAGAACUGCUCAAGCUAUGGAAGGGUCUGUUCUACUGUUUGUGGAUGCAGGACAAACCCCUUUUACAGGAGGAACUCUCAAACUCUAUCUCCACUCUGAUCCACAGUUUUCAUGAUGUAAAUGGACAGUUCUUAUAUCUGGAGAGCUCUCUGAAGACUUUCAAAAGAGAGUGGACUGGCAUCGACAGGCUGCGAAUGGACAAGGUUUUCCAGCUCGUCCGCUUCAUGUUCAGGCAAACCUUUGAGAUGCUGAAGAGAAAAAACUGGGAAUGCAGUGUGGUUGCAAGAUUUCUGGAACUGUUGAGAACAGAGCUCCUUCAGGUUGGCAGCAAUGCCCCUACUGGCCUGCAGCUCCAUGUCCUUGACCUGUAUUUGACUGAACUAGCAGUUGUGGGUUCAGCAGAGCUCACUGCUGAUCAGAACCUGAUAUUCCUAGAGCCGUUCUGCAAAGCAGCAGCCAAAACCAAAGACCGGACACUUUUCCAAGCCAUCUGCAGCAGCAUCUUCAGCACAAUCAUUGACCAGGCCCCCUUUGCCAUUGAAGAUCUGAUAAAGGAGAUGAAAGAGACAGACUUCUCCGAUUCUGGCCAGUCCUCCGAAGGGGACGACGAGGCAGUUGAGCGCAAAGAGCUGGUGAAGCAAAUGAAUGGUAUUAAAUCACACGCCCAUGAUAAUGAUCAUGAGCUUCAGUCAGACGACUCCGACACAGAACUACAAUAUGAUGACGAUGAUGACACAACACCGGUUUUACAGUUUGACUAUGCAGCUCUCGCUGACAAGCUGUUGCAGUUGUCAAGCUGUAGUAACACACCCAGCCAGAACAGACAGAGACUCUACAAAAUCAUCAAAGUGUUGCGAGAUCUCAGUGAAGGCAUCUUUCCUCAGGAUGACUAUCCAGAGGAAGUCUCCACGGAUGAGGAUGAUGACAAUUUUGGCAGCAGAAAGAACUUGAAUAAACGUCGACGUAACACAGGGGAAUCAGGGGUAAAAAAAUCUAAACUUGAGAAAAUGGAGGACUCGAUUAAAGAUGGCAUAGAACCCUCCACUGAAGAUGGCAUGGAACCCUCCACUAAAGACGGCAUAGAAACGAUAGAAACGACAGAUCCUGUUAUCAAAAAGCAAAAGAAGAAGAAAAAGAAGGCACGCCGUAAUGGAUGUGCAAGCGAGGAUCUAAAUGCAAGCAGCUCCAAUGUGGAGCACACUGAAGAACCAACUCUAAGUAAAAUUGACCUCAAUGGGUCAGCAGACGAGGCAAAGAUGCAGCCAUCUGUUUCCGUAUUGGAUGAAGCCGACAAACCAAAUUGUUGCAUGACCAACAAGAAUCAGCUGAAGAAGAAGAAGAAGAAAAAGAGGCCAGCAUCGGAGCUUAAAGUGGAAGAGCGAGGGGAGCAUCCGACUUGCACUACACAGGAAGUUGGCACAGGAAUCGGAGGGCAAGAGAGCGCCUUAAAAGCCAGUCAAGUGUUUUCGGUGAAGACGAGCGCAAAAUUGAAAUCACACAAUGACACAGUGGAAGAUCAAGUAAACUGUGGAAUGUCCCAAAACUCUGAAACCGAACCCCAGGCUAAAAAACCCACCAAGAGGAAAAAGAAGGGUCUGAAAGUCAAAGAGUUAGAGGGUGACUCACAGUUAAGCAAAAUUCAAUUUCUAUCAAUACCGUGUGAUAAUGGCACGGUCAUGAAGAAUGAUGCUACCGCCUCAGGUAAGAAGCAUCAGAGAGAGAGCAUUAACAUAGAUAAAGCCCCAAGUUAUGAAUCUGCUACAAAAACCGAGCUCACGAUGAGAAGUGAGGAUGUAUCCCAACAACCCACAGCAGUGUGUCAUAAAACUAAGGAAAAAACAAACAAGAAAAAAACAAUCAUGGAGAAAAUGGAUCAAACAACUGAGGAAAAGACACCAGAACCUGUACUUUCUGAAAGUCAAAAUCCUGCCAACGGAAGUGCAACCACAAAGAAGAAAAGACGAAGGAGCCGGAAUAAAUUGAAAGCUGCAGUUCAAGCGGAAAAGGAAGUUACAGUGUCAAAGACAUCGCAGUUGUUGGAUGUUGACCAGUUGUCCUCUGACCAUCACAUGGGACCUUCCCUGAAGAAGAAAAAUAUGCUACCAUCAGCACAGGUGAAAGAGGUCCAAGAUGAAACCCAGUUCCUAUUGAAGUGCAGUGCAGAUGAUGAGCCCAUUGUGUGUGAUGACACUUCCUCAUCCUCUGAGCCGAGCAAGAAGAAGAAGAAAAGGAAAAUCCCAGUGGUGUUUGAGUUUGAAGCUGAUGAGGUUGAGACCGCCACACCAGUCAGCAACAUUGCCAACAGAGCAGCUGGUGUCAAGAAAAGAAGUGGACUUGAUGGUUUAUCUACACCUCAAAUUGCUAAUAAUCCACCGAAGUUGAAGGUGAAGACACAAUCGUGUGCCUUGGUCACUUUUCAGGCAAACGCCAAAGUUCCAACACCACUCUUCUACAGGGCCAAAGGAAGCCCAAAAAACACACAACUUGGUAUAUCUAAGACAAGCCAAACUCCCACAUCGGAUUCCAAGAAGGUGACCUUCCAUCUAAAGAAUAACAAGACAGCUGAGUUCAAGAAGAAUGAUCGCAGCCUGUUACUGAGCCCAGAGGGGUCAACAAAAGUACCCUUUGACCCAAAACAGAAACCGAAAACUGGGGUCUUAAAGUCCUCUCCCAAGCCACUCUCACUCUCCACCAGCAUCAAGAAGACCCCCAUUGCCAACCGGAAGAGGGGUCUCAGUACUCCAAAUAGCACGCCGAAAAAAAAACGGCCCUCUGCAGCAGACUUUUUUUGAAAUCCUCCAUUUGUUAUACUGUGGAUACACAUGUAAACUUGUCACGUUCAGUGUAUUUUUAUUAUGGACCUUUAACACAGUAUUCCACAAUAUAUCUCAUAACGAAAUUAAACAUUGUCACACCAUAAAAAACCUUCUAAGAUUUUCCUCCCUUUUAUUCUUGCAAACCCAAAACUGAAAAACAUUUGAGAGAACUUUUGAGGUACACUCCCAGAAGGUGAUGAUUGGUCAUGUGAAAAUGAAUAAGUGCUGAUUUUGUGGCUUGCCUGACAUUGAAAGUCAGUCUCUUUAUGUUUAUUAUGUCAACAAAAUAAAACUCUGUACAACUGUACAACACAAUUCAGAUUGGAGUAACAAUGACUCACUCCAGUGUCUGCUUGUCCAAGAGACAAACUUUACUAAAGGAGAAUUUUAUGCCGCAAGAACAAAAUCCUUCAAAUGUGCUAGAAUGUGUUCUAUACAGCUUUGGGCUCAUUAGUUCCCUCAAUAACGUAUUUCAAGACUUUUUUUUUUAUUGGUCCUCAGCAUAUUGUUAAAAUACCAUUGAUUGAUAUUGGAUGUUACACUUUUUGUCAUCUGUAACAAAAAGCUAAGAUAUGUUUUGACUUUUAUUGGAUUAUAGUAUUUUUAUAAUCCAAAAUGUAUCAACAUAGCCCUUCCUGUGUCCUCUUUUUAAAAUUUUUCGGUGGAAAAUGUUUGUUGAUUAUAUAGGACUCAUUUGGCGCCAUUGUAAAGUGACCAACCCUGAAUAUGGCCACCCCAUAAUGGCGUCAUGUCUGGUAAGAUAGCUCAAUUUAAAAAGCCUAUUUUCUGCUAUUGAAGCUAAUUUAAAAUAGCUAACAAUUCUUCUGCCUUAAUAAGGUGCCACAUAUUA